GAAAGGAUGGAAAAAUAAUGAAAAAUUGGACAAAAAGUGUUGAAAUAAGGCCAAAUAACUAAGUAAAGGCUGCUCAAAUAGGCGAAUUGGCCACAUAUGAGCUGCAAGAAGAGGAGGAGGAGGCGGCGGUCAGUGAUCACAAGGUCUGAGUGUUGAGUGACAAGUGAAGGGACGAGGCGAGUGUUGCUCAGUGAGUGUUACUUGAGUGCUGAGGCGGUGCUGAGUGAGGUGAGUCAGGGAUUCCAUGAGUGUUGUGUGAAGAAGGAGAAGAAGAAGAAAAAGAAGAUGAUGGACUAGAAGAAGAAGAAGAAGGAGAGGAAAAAGAAGAUGAUGGACUAGAAAAAGAAGGAGAGGAAAAAGAAGAAAUAAAAGAUGAUACUGAAGAAAUAGUAAUAGAAGAAGAAGAAGAAGAAAAAAAAAGUACAACACAAAUUCCCAGCAACACAAAUGCUAUCAUGACAAGUUGAGAACCAAAACAAACACACACACACACACACAUUCAAGGGCAAACAAACACACAGCUGAUGCAAGGGACAUAACAAACAGACAAACAAACAAACAAACUAGCAGAGAUGUAAGCUAGAUACAACACUCUCUCUCUCUCUCUCUCUCUCUCUCUCUCUCUCUCUCUCUCUCUCUCUCUCUCAAAACUGUGUCUGUGUGUGUACUUGUAUGUGUGUGACCUUGAAGGGAAAACACACACACACACACACACACACACACACACACACACACACACACCAUGAUUGAAAGACACAUAGGCUGAGGGAAGACUGUUUCUCCCUCCCUCUUCUUCUCUCCCUUUCCUUUCCUUUCCUUUUCCUCUGUUCAUCCUCCUUUCUCUUCCCUUCUCCUUAUUUUGUAUUUCUUUCCGAUAUCUUCCACCUACUUAACUCCUUCUCCUUCCUUAAAUUCCGCUACUUAGAUUCAAUUUCCUACACACACACACACACACGCACACAGAUAGGUAGAUAGAUACAGAUAGAUAUGUUUAUUGUUUAUGUAUGUUUAUUGAUAUACACACUACACAGCGUAACCUAACCCAACAUAACAGUACCCAACGCAACCCCCACAACCCCAACAGAAUGGCCUUCAACACAACCCCCACCCCCACACCCACACUCACAAUGCAACACCCCAACUACCUCAGCACACCCACAUUCAACAUGACGUCAUUCUGCGGCAACACGGAAUCCUUCACCCCAUGGGACCACAGCGAUCUCAACUUCGGACUAUGCUUCCAAAAGGCAGCGCUGGCCGUCCCUGCUUACUCCCUGCUGGCCGUGGUCUCUGCCUACUACAGCGGGCAGCAGAGCGAGUGGGUGGUGCGGCGGUGGCGGCAGCGGGCGGUGAUAAGCGCCAGGAUGUGGGCAGCGGGUGUGGCAGCUUUACUGGCGGUCCUGGAGCCUGUUUUGUUGUACUCCGUGGGACGCGCCGAGCUGUACUGGGUGGACGGAUUGGUCGCUGGGGUGCAGCUCCUGACCUGGCUGGUACACCUAAGCUACCUGGCCUCGUUAAAGACCCGCCUCAGCCUUGGGACGCGUGGGCCACCUGUCGUGAUGCUUGCCUGGGUCCCCACUUUCCUGUCGGCCGUCAACAUGGCGCGCACAGCCUGGUACUGCCCUGAGGAGAGUGGCGGCCUGAAGGGGGCGGCCAUGGACGUCUGGAGGGCCACGGCGCUGACCCUCAUGGGGGUGCAGGUGGUGUACUUGGUGACGCUGUUCCCCCAGGGCAGCGUGGGGGUGUCGCAAUACCAGGAGCUUCACCGCGAGGCCUCCGAGACCACGCCCCUCAUGGAGACCUCAUACCACGACUACAGCGGGUUCCACGAGGCCGCAGAUCCACACCACCUGGGCAUCGCGGAGGAGCAGGUCAACGUGUUUUCGUGGCUCACCCUCCACUGGGCCAACCACCUCAUGACCAAGGGUUCGCGUGGACUCCUGCGUACGGUGGAUGACCUGCACGACCUCCCGCUGGCCCUCAGGACGGAUGUGGUGGCCCAGCAGGUACAGUGGGCCAUGCUAUCCACCCAACCCUUAGAAGUGGAUGACCUCACCACCACCACCACCACCUUCACCACCACCACCACCACCACCACACCACCACCGUCACCACUUCCAUCCUUCCUCCACAUCCUCCACAGGGUCCUAGGGGUUCAAUUCUAUGCCCUGGGACUGCUGCGGCUGGCGGGGGAUGGCCUGGGGUAUGCUGGGCCGCUCCUUCUGCAUCAGCUGGUGACCUUUGUGGAGCAGAAGGAGGCGGAGGUGGUGUGGGGGUGGGUGUACGCUGGGUCCUUGGUGGGGGCUUCUCUUAUAGCCACCUUCUGCUCUAUCCACUUCAAUUACCAGAUCGCGAAGGUUAACCUCAAGGUCCGAGCGGCCGUCAUCUCCACCAUCUACAGGAAGGUGCUGCAGGUGAGCACAGCCUCCCUAGGUGUGCUUUCGACAGGUGAGAUCGUCAACCUGAUGAGCACGGACACGGAUCGCAUCGUCAACUUCGUCCAGUCCUUCCAUGCCCUCUGGAGCCUUCCGCUGCAGCUGACGGUGACGCUGUACCUUCUGUACCGCCAAAUAGGCAUUGCGUUCCUGGCGGGCGUGGCGGUGACGGUGGUGGUGGUGCCCGUCAACAAGUGGCUGGCCAACAGGAUAGGCAUUCUGAGUGUGGAGAUGAUGUCGUACAAGGACCGUCGCGUUGGGCUCAUGUCGGAGGUGUUGACCAUGAUCCGGAUGGUCAAAUUCAACGCCUGGGAAGCCACGUUCAAGAGUAGGAUCAAUGACGAGCGCUUCGGGGAGAUCAAAGCGCUGGCCGGCCGCAAGUACCUGGAUGCCGCAUGUGUGUUCUUCUGGGCCACCACUCCUGUCCUCAUCCCCAUUGUGACUUUCACGACCUACACGCUGCUGGGCAAUUCACUGGAAGCAGCGAGCGUGUUCACUGCAGUUGCUCUCUUCAACAUGCUGAUAAUGCCCCUCAAUGCCUUCCCCUGGGUGCUGAACGGCAUUGUGGAGGCCUGGGUGUCCCUCAAGCGGGUACAGAGACUUAUGCAGCUACCAGACCUCAACUUCACCGACUACUACACGAGGGUAGCGGAGAUGGAGGACAAGGAGGCGGACAUUCAGAUCAUCAUCGCCAACGGGUCAUUUUCCUGGAACGGGUCAGGGCGGUCAAGGGGCAAGGAGGGGGAGCAGCAGGGGGCCAAGGAAGAGGUGGAGGAGGAGGGAGAGGAGGAGGAGGAGUGGGUGGUGGGUAGUGGUGCAGGUGUGCGGAAGAGUGGUAGGAGGAGAAGGAGGAGGAGGAGGAAGAGAGGAGAGGAGGAGAAGAAGGAGGAGGAGGUGGAGCAGCGAAGAGGCUUUCCGAGUGAGGUUGGAAAUGGACUCUGUGGAACUUCUCCUUCGCUGCAGAAUAUUGACCUCCAAGUCUUGAAGGGUCAGGUCGUGGCGGUGGUGGGGCGAGUGGGUUCCGGCAAGUCCUCGCUCCUGAGUGCGGUUUGUGCCGAGAUGAACAAGUGCGGUGGAGCGGUAGCGGUUGCCGGCCUGGAGAAUGGGUUUGGUCUAGCCACUCAGCGUCCCUGGAUCCAGCACGCCUCCAUCAAGGACAACAUUCUCUUCGGCUGUAGCCUGGACAUUACGCGCUACAGGGAGGUGCUGUCGGCCUGUGCCCUGGAUGACGACCUCCUGAACCUACCGCAGCGGGACAACACACUCUGUGGGGAGAACGGCUCAGCGCUCAGCGGCGGGCAGAAGGCGCGCGUUGCCCUCGCCCGCGCUGUCUACCAGAACAAGUGGAUGUACGUACUGGAUGACGUCUUCACCUCCGUGGACCCGCCCGUGGCCCUGCACCUCAUGCGUCACUGUGUCCACAACUUGCUGGCGGGCCGAACCGUGCUCCUCACCUCCCCCGUCCUUCCCCUCCUGGCCCGGGUGGACUGGGUGCUGCGGAUGGCUGGCGGAAGGGUGGUAAUGCAGGGCCCACCAAGGGAGGUUCUGCAGGGGGAGCUUACACCUGAGGAGCUGGCGGCGGCGUGGUGGGGUGACGGGAGGGACAGGGGUGUAGGGGGGGUGCCCAAAAGGAGGCUCUCACACCUCGACCCCUUUGACGUGGUGGCUGAGAACGGGGGUGCCGGGGGGGGUAGGCCUGUCUCCUCCCCCUCCCCCUCCUAUCUGACCCCAGUGAUGGAGGCGGAAGAACAGGAAGAAGGCGAGAUCUCAGGAGCGAUAUUCACCACCUACCUCUCAGCUGUCGGCCCCCUCCUCGUCGGCCUCAUCGCUCUCUCCCUCACACUCAUGCAGGCCUCGCGCAACCUCUCCGACCUCUGGCUGGCCUAUUGGGUGACGCAGAACUUACCGGCGAACUCGACCGGCUCCAAGCUCUUCCUGGACGAGCCCCCCGCCCCCUGGCUGGCCCCCGGCACCCCCACCCACCCCUCCAGCAGCCCUGCCACGGGUAUGGGGGGUGCUGCCCACUGGAUGGCCCCCUCCACCUCACCCCUCCACCAGUUCCUGGCGGUGCGGGAGGUGGGAGCAGCGGCAGAGAGCAAGGGGAAGAGUGCGUUGAACCCCACUGAUUUCUACCUGACGGUGUACGGUGUGCUGGCCGCCGCCAACACACUCUUCACACUCAUGCGCGCCUUCCUCUUUGCGUACGGCGGAGUGACAGCCGCUCGCACCCUUCACAAACGUCUGCUGGAUUCUGUGCUCUAUGCCAAGAUCACGUUCUUCGACAACAACCCUCUCGGACGCACCCUGAACCGCUUCUCCUCGGACCUCUACUCCCUCGAUGACUCGCUGCCCUUCCAGCUGAACAUUUUCCUCGCCCAGGUGUUCGGCCUCGCAGGCACCAUCGCCGUCACCAUCUACGGCAUGCCCUGGAUCACACUCAUGCAGAUCCCCCUCGCCUUCGUCUACUACAACCUCCAGCGAUACUACCGACACACCUCGCGUGACCUCAAGAGAAUCUACGCUGUGUCGCUUUCGCCGCUGUACGCCCACUUCACCGAGACGCUUCAGGGCCUUGCUGUGAUCCGGGCCAUGAGAGCAGGACAUAGGUUCAUCACAAGAGCGGACAGCCUGCUUGAGGUCAGCCAGCGUGCACAGUUUGACAUCCAGGUGGCAGCACAGUGGCUUAACAUGCGCCUGCAGCUCAUCGGCCUGACCAUGCUGGCGGGGGUGUCUGCGCUGGCCCUCCUGCAGCACCACUUCGACGCCAUUGAGCCUGGUCUGGUGGGUUUGGUCAUCUCCUACGCCCUGACCGUCACCACCUUCCUCAACUCGGUGGUGACCUCGCUAACGGAGACGGAGCAGGAGAUGGUGAGCGUGGAGCGGAUUCACGGCUACCUGCAGGGCGCGGCCGAGGGGGAGCGCCGGGAGGGGGUGCUGCUCCCUCCGUUUGGCUGGAUUAGUCACGGCACGAUCCGUUUCACCAAUGUUUACCUGAGAUACCAGGACCACAACCCCUACGCACUGCGGCGGGUGAACUUCGAGGUGGGUGCCGCGGAGAAGGUCGGCAUCGUGGGCAGGACGGGGGCCGGGAAGUCCUCCGUCUUUGUGGCUCUCUUCCGCCUGGUGGAGCUGACGCGUGGAGCCAUCUAUGUGGAUGAGGUAGAAGUGUCGCAGCUGGGCCUGAAGAAGCUGAGGUCCAGCAUGGCCAUCGUCACCCAGGACCCGUUUCUGUUCAGCGGGACGGUGCGGGAGAACCUGGACCCAUGUGGUGAGUGUGUGGACAGUCAGGUGUGGCAGGCGGCGGAGGCGUGCCACCUGCUACCUCUCGUCCACUCCCUGGGCGGCCUGGAGGGGCAGCUUCACGAGGCGGGCCGCAGCAUGUCCGCAGGGGAGCGACAGCUGUUCUGCCUGGCGCGGGCACUGCUCUGUAGGACCAAGAUUGUGUGCAUCGACGAGGGCACCUCCAAGCUGGACCCAGAGACCGACGAACACAUCCAGCAAGUGAUCCGCAGCGUGUUCAGGAACAAGACCGUGCUCAUCAUAGCCCACCGCGUACAGUCUGUGCGGGACUGUGACAGAGUGUUGGUGCUCAGCGAAGGAGAGGUGGUGGAGAGUGGCAGCCCGUGGGAGCUUCUCUCUGACAGGGACUCCCACUUCCACUCCAUCUUCCAGUCCCAGUGAUCACACACACACACACACACACACUCUGUGGCACAAUUGGUAAAGUGCUGCACUGCCAGGCUUCACAGCCUGACAGGGCAGUGGUUCAAGCCCGCUCAGGCCAGAUUCUUUCUGUUGACUAGGAGUGGUUGCUGUCCGCCCUUGAGUAAGGGGGAUGGGGUGUGUGAGGUACCCAGGGAUCGACGAUAAUGUGCACUUGCUCAUGUCAGGAGGGUACCUGCUGGCGAUUACAAGUCCAACAUGUGAUCAGGCUGUGGUGAAUUACACACACACACACACACUUUAUCCCCUAAGGUCAGUUUUUUCAUGCUCUCGCCUCAUAGUUAAGCCCAAAGUGAAUUUUCUCAUGUCUUGGCAGCUUUUGCCCAUGCACACAGUCAUAGUGGUCACUGUUUUGAGGGUGUGGCUUUGGGGGGCUGAGAGCAAAUGCCCUUCCUUCCUGUGGUCUUGCGGCAGGGCUGGGGGUCAAACCGCCUCUCCUCGCCCUUGCUCUCAUCACUUCCAUGGCCUGGCACUCCAGCCCCUACACAUCCACACCCCUUUGGCCCACAGAUGGGCCAACGGGUGAUCACAGAUGGACUGCUUUGUAACCAACGACAUGUUACAAUGGAGUCUUACUGACAAGUCAAUGAUGACACUGCCUGAUGAGAAGGUCAGGAGGAAGAUGUUGCCAGAGACCUUUGGUUGCGACACUCGCUGGCAUGGCCUGUAGCACCCCAUGGCCCCAGUGAUGCCCCGUCUCCACGCCCCGUUAACCCCUCCUGUUACUGUGUGCCCUGUGAUGUAUGCCAUGCCUCCCUCACUCCCCCACACACUUCCUGCAUCAGCCUGUAGCACAACCGUGGCCUCUUUGCCCCAAUGAUGGCCCUCUCCAUGCCUCAUUAACCUCUCCUGUUAUUGUGUGCCCUGUGAUGUAUGCCAUGCCUCCCCCUCUUCCACACACAGCACAUGAGAAUGCUUCUGCAGGCCAGCCCAGGCAUGCUGCACCCCUCCCUGUACCCCCAACAUUCCCCCUAGUAGUGUCAAGGAGAUUAGUUUAGUCCUGCUGUGUCUGCCUCCCUUGCCACUUAACCUCUCCCUCUUGUAUUAUGCCUGACAGAGGGGUGACUUAGAGAGGCGUGUCAAUGCCUUUGGUACCAAGUAUACCUUUGCAGGAUCAUGGAGUAUCACUGGAAUGAAACUGAGUCAAGGCUUGUUACCAACUUAUUCCAUGAACGUCAGCUCCAGCUACAUGGCCCACCUCCCAGACAUUGAACCUGCUCACAAGGUUGUUUCUGUACAAGGCAACUCUGACUUGAGAGGACCAAGGGGACGCCCACUUAAUUCAUGGCUGGGGCAAGUCGAUCGAACCUGCCAGGAAGGACUCGAGAUGUUAGGGCAGCUGCAUGGAGGCGCCGAGUGAGUGAAGUGAGAGGGUGGCACGUGCUCCAUGUUAGUUAGUCAGCCCCACCUAUCUGGUACCCCCCUAGACCAGUAACAUGACUUCCUGCCCCCCAUCCCAUCCCCUUUAGGUAGCAUUAGAGCCUGCUGUAUGCAUCUUGCUGUGGCAGAUAUUGUUGUUGUUGAUAUUGUUGAUCUUGUAUAAAGUGCCUUUGUGUGUGUGUGACAUGACACUACUACAUUCAUACAGACACACACCAAAGCUCUCAAUAAUUUUAUUUUUUAACUUUUUCGUUUCACUGUUGAAGUAUUUUUUAGGAAAACUAAAAUAAAAAGAUAACAACAG